GUUAGAUUUGUUUUUUUGGAUGGUCGUCCGGUCGUCAAAGCUCGAAUUCCUCGGAAGUAUAUUUCUCUCUGUCGCUGUCAUUUAUUUGGUUAAUACGACGGCGUUUCGGUUGGUUCCAAACUCUCCAUGUCUACAUCCUCCUCUACCAACCUCCGCUCUUCCGGUUGCUCGUCUCCGAUCUCAGCUACUUUGGAAAGGAGAUUAGCAGUAGAAAAUACAAGAGCUAACAAUGUGAGCUUUGAGCAGAGAAAGGAAAAGAUUAGGAAGAUGUUAGAUAAAGUGGAGCUUUCUGUUUCGGCUUAUGAUACUAGUUGGGUAGCAAUGGUUCCAUCACCGAGUUCCCAAAGUGCUCCACUUUUCCCACAGUGUUUGAACUGGAUUUUGGAAAAUCAACACGUUGAUGGAUCCUGGGGACUUGAUAAUCGCAACCAUCAAUCUUCUAAGAAGGAUAUGUUAUCAUCUACACUGGCAUCUAUCCUCGCGUUGAAGAAAUGGGGAACUGGUGAAAGACAAAUAAGCAAGGGUCUCCAGUUUAUUGAGCUGAAUUCUGCAUCAGUCUCUGAUGAAACCAUACAGAAACCAGCAGGAUUUGAUUUUAUAUUUCCUGGGAUGAUUGAAUAUGCUAGAGAUUUGAAUCUGGCGAUUCCACUGGGCUCAGAAGUGGUGGAUGCCAUGAUACAGAAAAGAGAUAUGGAUCUUAGAAGUGAUAGUGAAAGCCUUUCAAAGGGAAGAGAAGCAUAUCUGGUCUAUGUUUUAGAGGGAGCAAGAAGGAUUAAAGAUUGGGAUUUGAUUGUGAAAUACCAAAGGAAAAAUGGAUCACUGUUUGAUUCUCCAGCUACAACAGCAGCUGCAUUUACUCAGUUCAGAAAUGAUGGGUGUCUCCGUUAUCUCUCUUCUCUCUUCCAGAAAUUUGAGUCUGCAGUUCCCACAGUUUAUCCCUUUGACCAGUAUGCACGUCUUAGUAUAAUUGACACUCUUGAAAGCUUGGGAAUCGAUAGGGACUUCAAGAACGAAAUCAGAAGUGUAUUGGAUGAAACCUAUAGAUGCUGGCUGUGUGGGGAUGAAGAGAUAUGUAUGGACUUGGCCACUUGUGCUUUGGCUUUCCGAUUAUUGCUUGCUCAUGGCUAUGAUGUGUCUUACGCAGAUCCGCUGAGACCAUUUGCAGAAGAAUCUGGUUUCUCCAAUACUUUGGAAGGAUAUCUGAAGAAUACAAAUUCUGUGUUAGAACUACUCAAGGCUGCCCAAAGUUAUCCACAUGAGUCAGCUUUGAAAGAGCAGUGUUUGUGGACUAAACAAUAUCUAGAGAUGGAAGUGUCCAAAUGGCCAAUCACCUCUGUUCGAGAUAAAUACCUCAAGAAAGAGGUUGAGGAUGCUCUUGCUUUCCCCCCCUACGCAAGCCUGGAAAGAUUAGACCAUCGGAGAAAGUUACUCAGUGGUAUUUGUGUGGAAAACACAAGAGUUAUGAAAACCUCAUAUUGUCUGCCCAAUAUUUGCAGCUCUGAUAUCCUGAAGCUAGCUGUGGAAGACUUUAAUUUCUGCCAGUCUAUACACGGUGAUGAAAUGAAACUUCUUGAUAGAUGGAUUGUGGAGAAUAGAUUGCAGGAACUAAAAUUUGCCAGACAGAAGCUGGCUUACUGUUACUUCUCUGGGGCUGCAACCCUUUUCUCUCCAGAACUAUCUGACGCUCGUAUAUCGUGGGCCAAAGGCGGAGUAUUGACAACGGUUGUAGACGACUUCUUUGACGUUGGAGGUUCCAAAGAAGAAAUGGAAAACCUUAUACACUUGGUCGAAAAGUGGGAUUUGUACUGUGUUCCUGAGUAUUGCUCCGAACAAGUGGAGAUCAUUUUCUCAGUUCUAAGGGACACAAUUCUUGAAACAGGAGAAAAAGCACUCAUCUAUCAAGGACGAACCGUGACACACCACAUUGUGGCAAUUUGGUUGGACUUGCUCAAGUCUAUGUUGAGAGAAGCCAAGUGGUCCAGUGACAAGUCAACUCCAAGCUUGGACGAUUACAUGGAAAAUGCGUACAUAUCAUUUGCACUAGGACCAAUUGUCCUCCCAGCGACCUAUCUGAUCGGACCACCACUUUCAGAAAAAACUGUCGAAAGCCCUGAAUAUAAUCAGCUAUACAAGCUCGUGAGCAUUAUGGGUCGUCUUUUAAAUGACAUACAAAGCUUUAAGAGAGAAAGCGCAGAAGGAAAGCUGAACGCAGUUUCAUUGCACAUGAUACACGAGCAAGACAAUCGCAGCAAAGACGAGAUCAUAGAAUCAAUAAAGGGUAUAGCAGAGACAAAGAGGGAAGAACUGCAGAAGCUAGUUUUGAAGGUGAAAGGAAGUGUGGUUCCAAGGGAAUGCAAGGAAGCGUUCUUGAAAAUGAGCAAAGUGUUGAACUUAUUUUAUAGGAAAGACGAUGGGUUCACUUCACAUGAUCUGAUGAGUGUUGUUAAAUCUGUGAUCUACGAACCUGUGACCUUACAGGAUGAGUCUUUAUCUUGAUCAUGUUUUUUUUUCUUUUCUUUUAGGAACAUUUUCGUUACUUAAUCAAGUCGAUCUGGCAGGUAAAUGUUAUGUGAGCUUAGACUUUCGUUUUUCUAUAAGAAGUGGUUUUGGCCAGUUUAAAUACAAAGGCUGUCUAUUUUCUUUUCUUUAGAACGAGUUCU